AUGGUGGAUCCCGUGCCUCAAGAGGAGAAGGCGGGAGAGGAGCCCGGAGGCUCAGGAGGGGAAGGUGCCGCCGCCUCGGUGCCCCCAGAUGCCCAGGGUGCCCAGCAGCCUGCGGCAUCCUCGGCCUCGGCCUCGGCGGCGGCGCCCCGCAAGGCUGAAGUCCCGUGCAGCGCCGAAGGUGGGAGGCGGGAGCAGUCCCCGAUGCUGCACCUCGACCUCUUCAACUUCGACUGUCCGGAGGCCGAGGGCAGCCGCUACGUGCUGACCAGCCCCCGCUCGCUGGAGGCCUGCGCCCGCUGCGCCGUCAAGCCCGUGGAGCUGCUGCCACGGGCCCUGGCCGACUUGGUGCGCGAGGCACCGGGCCGCUCCAUGCGAGUGGCCACCGGCCUGUACGAGGCCUACGAGGCGGAGCGACGCGCCAAGCUGCAGCAGUGCCGGGCCGAACGCGAGCGCAUCGUGCGCGAGGAGAAGCGGCGCCUCUUCACGCCGCUGGGCCCCGCGGCGACGGCGGCCUCGGCCUCUAGCGCGGGCGGCAGCAGCAGCAGCUGCAGCAGCGCCAGCCUCCCGGCCUCGCCCAAGCCGCGCGCGACCCGCAAGGCCUCCUCCAGCCCCUCCCCAGCCCGGACCCAACCUCCGCCCGCGGGCUCGCGGGGAGGUCGCAAGAGCCACUCGCUGGACUCGCUGUCCCGCCGGCGAGAGGGCGCCCUCAGCUCUGAGUCCGGCGCGUCGUCGUCUUCCUGGUCGUCGCGGGGCUCGGCCAGGAACAUACCCGGCGGGUCCGCGUCGUCCGCCCCCAACCCGGUGGGGCGCCCGUCCGCCCUGGCCCUGGUCCCGAUCACAAGCCGGAGCUUCAGCCUCGGCGACCUGAGCCACUCGCCGCAGACCGCCCAGCACGUGGAGCGCAUCGUGCGCCAAGUGCGCGUGGAGCGGGGCCUGCGCGGGGUGCCCGAGCGCGACCGCAAGAUCGCGGCGCUGAUGCUGGCGCGGCACCAGGAGGAGCGCCUGUUGCUGGAGCAGCGCGCCGCGGCCCACGGCCAGUGGGAGCAGCAACGCGUGCGCGCCGAGCAGCGGCGGGAGCGCGAGGAGCGCGAGAAGCAGCGCUCGCUGGAGAAGGGCCGCCGGGCCUGGGCCGCGCAGGUGGAGGAGAGGCGCGGUCGCCGCGGCCGCGAGGAGCGGGAGGUGGCGCGGCAGCGGCAGCGGCAGUACGAGCGCAGCGAGGAGCGGCGGCGGGAACUGGCGGAGCACCAGGGCCUGCUACGGCGGGAGCGGGCGGAGCGCGCGGCCCAGGAGGACCGGCUGCGCAAGCUGCAGCAGGAGCAGAACCUGAAGCAGCGGGAGGAGGGCCUGAAGGAAGGGCGAGAACGGGCGGAGCGGGUCCGCAGGGAGCGCGCCCAGCGCGUGGCGCGCACCAAGCAGCGGCAGGAGGGCCAGCUGCAGCGCGAGAAGCGAGAGCUGAGCCGGGCGGAGCGGGCGCGCCACGCGGCACUGCUACAAGGCCGGGUCCGCCAGGAGCAGGAGGAUCGAGAGGGACUGAGGAGCUCCCUAGAGGCCAGCUUGGGCCGCGCGCAGGAGAACUAUGAGCAGUUGGUGGAGCAGCGCACCCGGGAUCUGCGGGAGCGGGCCCGUCGAGAGGAGCUGCAGGGCCGGCGGGCCAAGGAGGCUGCGGAGCGCAAAGACCGGGAGCAUCAGGCCCACCUGGAGGCGCUGGCUCGGGUAGGCGAGCGGCGACUGCAGCACGCGACGCAGGCUGCAGAGGAGGCGGUGCAGCAGAAGGCGCGGCGGGUGGGCCAGAAUCGGUUGGAGAAGGAGCGGACCCAGCGCGCCAACAAGGAGAAGGUGGACAGGGACGAAGACAGCCGCCGGCGGGAGCUGCUCCAGGCUAUCGGGCGCAAGCUGGAGCGCAGCGAGCAGCUGUCUCGGGAGCGACGCUGCGCGCUGGAGAGCGCGCGCUCCACAGCCCGGGCCUCUUUCCACGUGCGGGAGAAGGUUCGCGAGGAAACCAACACGCGCUCCUUCGACCGCAUGGUGCGGGAGGCCCAGUUGCACGCCAGCUUGGACCGCAAAUGA